AUGGACGUGGCUGGACUGCCAAAAACUCCGCCUUUUGAUCCCCCGUCAUUCGGCGGGAUGGGCGCGCCUCCGGAGGCCAAAGGCUUUGGGAAUCCUGGUGCAGUUCCCCAGGCGAAUCCGAAGUCCCCGGGGGGGCUCUCACCGAAAGACGUGGAGCCAGGGCGCCAGACAGGGCGCAUUCGCGUGAAGGGACCGAGCAUGGUUGGCGACAUCCGAACCAACCUCGACGACAUCAAGUCUUCACUCGUGUCGUACUACGGGAGGCUGUACUCAGGGACCUCCCCAUCCAUUGCGGACCGCAUCGACGCGCUUUCUUUUCGAGGGCAAAGCGCCGAGCCGAGCUCGCGCUGGUUGAGGCGCCGAGAACGGGAAACGAAGUACGAGGCCCUGGCGGAAGCGAACAUGGACGGUUUCCCAAGCCGUUCAGGACGUGACCGCGGGUACGAAGACAUUGAUGAGACGCCGGAGAUGGCUGGAUUUGGAGGCCAACGCUCUGCUGGAAGAUUCAACAAGAAAACUGGAGAGGUCUACGACAUGCUACGGGACUUGCGUCUCAAGUGCGAAACUGCAUCCGCAAAACUGAACACGGUCUCCGAUGAGCUCUACCCGCAGAUCUCCAACCCCAACCUGAGAGAAUGGGAAUAUACAACUAUCAAUAAGGCUCGGCGACGACCAGAGUUUGGGAAUCAGGAGGAGCUUCGCCACCAUGCAACGAACCUGUACCGCCACCUACACACGCAGGCGGAGAUAAAUCAGAGCCGCAUCAACUCCUUGCAAUCGAAAAUGAAGAUCUUGUACAUGCAGACGAAAGCGGAGAUGACCAAGCAUCAGCAAGACCCGCGAGUCGGUCUAUAA